CACAUCAUCGUUUUCUCAUGCCAUUCGCCGCGGAGUCCCAACCUGACAACCUCCACCCUCCCCUCCCGUCCCAAAUGGCUGAUCAGUUUAGGCCAUGGCAGUUCAUCCCCGACGACAUCCUGGAUUUGGUCGUCCGCCGCAUCCCGUGCGAGGUUGAUCGGCUUCACGCGGGUCGCGCCUGCCGAUCCUGGCGCUUGGGCCUCGUGAAUCACAAGCCCCCGGCGCCGCCUCUGCCGCUCCCGUGGCUCCUCCUCCCGGAGACGGAAGCGGAUAGGGACGGGCCUACCUUCUGCUGCGUCCUCAGCGGCUGGCGCGCCCACCCCUUCUUCCUCCCGCACGCCGCGCGCAGCGCGCGCUACUUCGGUUCGUAUGAUGGCGUUUGGCUCUUCCUCGCGGUCGACGGCCAGGGCUACCGAGCUCAUGAUCAUGUCCUCGUCAACCUCCACAAGUUUCAGUUCCUCGAUCUCCCCAACGUGGUCCGCAUCGACCUCAGGUUCCCACAAGUACUGAUGGACAUCGAGAUCGCCAUCGUCGCCGUCACUCUCUCGCGCCAGCCAACCGAACAAGGAUGCAUCGCCGCCGGUAUCAUCGAGCUUGAGCCAUUCCCCGGCCCCGCUGGCGUGCGGGUAAUCGCGUUCUGGCGCAUGGGCGAUCGGGUGAUCUUACCUUUCUACGAUGAUGUGUGCCCGGAAGGAGUGGAGGACGUCAUAUACCACGAAGGCCUCUUCCUCUUCCUCACCCCAGAUGAAGACAUUCGUGCGUGUGGAGAGCCGGUUUUCCUUGAAGCCAGCGUGCAUGUGGGCUCGAUCCUGUUUCACGUCGAGCCACGCGGUGACGACGCCGGCGAGACGGUCCUCGCUCGCUACCUCUUCCGGUCAAGAGGGUGGGUGCUCAUGGUCGUCAGGUUAAGCUCUGCGCUUCACUACUUGCCGACAUCGUCGUUCCGGGUGUUCGAAUUUGUAAUCCAUUCGAGCAGCACCGGCGUGUGCGUGAACACUUGGAACAAGCUGGAAAAGCUCGAUGGCCGAAUGCUGUUCGUCGGACGGGGCUGCUCCAGAUCCUACGACGCCGGCGACGGGUACCCCGGCAUGGAGGAGGGCGUCUACUUCUUGGAUGACGGGAGCUUCCACGAGCCGGUCUUCCACCACUUCCCCUUCCCGGCGUCCGCCCAUGCUGCCUACCGUUGCUGCGACAACGGCAAAUGGUCGGAAGCAUCUUCCCAGGUCGAACGCUGCUUCCCGGAGCGAGGCCCGUCGAAACACUCGCCUCCGGUUUGGAUUCUCCCUUGAGGCGACAGGGCUGUGGCAACGUCGUUGCUCAUAAGCCCAAGUUAGUUUGUGCUGCGAUCAUGCUUAAUUCGUUGCCAUGUUGUUGAUAAAUUUGCUUUACAGUUGUUUGGCUCUUUCGUUCUGAGACCUUUUGAGUUUCUGUUGGCAUGUUUCGAUGAAUUUGGUUUUUAUUUUGCUCGACACGCAGUUCAAGAUUUCUUUACUCUGUAAUGAAGUUACAAUCUCCGCGUCUCUGGAAUAUUACAGUUCUACAGAUCCGUACACCCUUGUCAUCU